AUGAGGGAGAAAGAGGAAAAUGGUGAUCUCGAUCAUUCGGAUAACGAGUUGAUCGAAGAAGGUAAUGAGGAAAAGGUGUUGGGAGAUAUCCCGAAUUCAUUUGAUCAGUUGUCGGAUCACCAUUUUCCGCUGUUUAUCACAUAUGGAAAGUUUUCCAAAAUGCUCGAGGGAACCUAUGGCAUUGAUGUUUCCAAGCUAUGGACGUCCAAACUGCAAAAAUUUAUUACGGAUAAUGAAGGCGACGAAUUUAUUCCUCCCAAAAUUUCUUUUACCGAUACGUCUGAUGAGUCGUGGAGACAUUUUGUGGACUUUCGUCUCUUCCAAAGAAAGUAUUGGCCCCAUCUUAGUCAAAAAAAUUUAGACUGCGCCCUGGUUUACUCAGAAUUUUCCAUUAUCAAAGGUUCGAAUCCUAAUGUGGACCAUUUAUCAAGAGAGGAUUAUCGGGCCGUCAACAUUAAAAAAUUCCCAAUCUUUUACGACCGUGAUAUGAUUUAUGAUAUAUUUGAGCGAUACGAACGCAUGAAAACAUUGAAUCACGAUUAUGAUUUGAUGGAUCGAACACUAGCUGUCUUACGUUGUGCCAGAAAGAAGGCACUAGGUGGCCAUCAAGUUCACGAAAUAUAUGUCGAUGAAUGUCAGGACAAUCAUGUUGUGGAUAUCGCGCUUCAGGUGAUACAGCUCAAUGCAUUGCCCGUGGAUCUUCUUUCCGUUUUCGAGGUUUCUAAUAAUUUGACUGUAGAUGUAAGUCAACUGCUCUACCAAUGGGAGCUCAGUCGGACCCAAGCUAAUAAUAAGCCUUACAGGUUUAUAAAACCAAAACAAUUUGAGCUUAAUAAUAACUACCGUUCUCACAACGGAAUUCUCCGACUCGCUGCAUCGGUGAUCGACCUCAUCUGUUACUUUUUUCCCGAUUCCAUCGAUCGAAUGCCCCGUGAGAUGGGUGAGGUUGGCGGUCCGCGACCUAUCAUUUUUGAGGGAUUUCAUGCUGAAAAAUUCCACUUUAGUGCCUUCUCUGCUGGUAGUCAUUCUGAAAAUCAAAUUGAAUUCGGCGCGGAUCAGGUCAUUAUCGUACGUGAUGAUGAAACCAAACAACGUGUAAGGACACAAAUCGGAAAAGUUGGUUUGGUGCUGACAGUCUUUGAGGCAAAGGGCAUGGAGUUCAACGACGUGCUCUUGUAUAAUUUUUUCACCGAUUCUCCCGCGCGCCUAAAGUGGCGAGUGAUUCUCGCUGCCUUAAAUAACUAUACAGGGGGAGUCCAGACCUUCUCUAUAGAAAAGCAUUACAUAAUUUCCUCAGAACUAAAACACCUUUAUGUUGCGGUGACCAGGGCCCGGGAGCGAAUCUGGAUAUUCGACGAGAAUGAUGAGUGGAGUGAGCCAAUCCGAACAUAUUGGAAGUAUCACGGUCUGGUCAAGGUUGUCAAGAGUGAAGACGAAGUCUCUGUUUUCCCUAACUUGGCCAAGAAGAGUAGCAUACGCGAAUGGAACAAACGGGGAAAAAGUUUCUUCGAACAGCGGUUGUAUGAUCAG